AUGCUUUUCAACCUACUUUUUCUUUGCUCCGCUGUUUUGGCUCACCAUCACUCAGCUGAUGACUCAAAUGAGUGGCACGGCCCUUCUAAAUGGGAUCGCCGAAGCCCUUGUCCCAUGGUCAACUCCCUCGCUAACCAUGGGUACCUCCCUCGUGACGGCCUCAACAUCACACUUGAUGACUUGAUCGAGGGCUUCACCGACGCCAUUAACCUGGACCCAGCCGCCACAACCCUCGUUGGCAAGAAGGCGUUGGAUACAGGCGAUGGUACCUCCUUCAACCUUGACGACUUGGCCAAGCCUGGUAUUCUUGAGCAUGACGGAAGCUUGAGCCGUGACGACAUUUACUUUGGUGACAACUCGAGGUUGGACCCUCACAUCUGGAAGUCAACCUUACAGCACUUUCGUGCGCCCUACAUCUCCAUCCAGGAGGCCGCUGAUGCCCGCAAGGAUCGUCUUCAGGUUGCUGCCGCUAACAACCCGGAGUUUUCUAUGACUGCUGAGCAGAACAAGAUCAGCUUGAUCGAGACUUCUCUGUACUUGACUGUUUUUGGCAACCCCGAAGAGGGAAAUGCGAAUACUCAUUGGGUCAGGACACUCUUUGAAGGAUUCCAACGAUCUGAGAAUCCUAUUAUCGUUGCUCAGAUUCUUGGCAUGGUUAACAAAGUGGCCCAAGCCAGUGCCUAA